AUGAGUGGGCCAGUGUCAUCAGUUCUGCCCCAGCAAUCGCUUCAAUCGCUUCCACCUUCACGGGCAUUGCAUCCUCAGGCACCUCCCAUUAACUUUCCUUCUCUUGCUGCCCCUCCUCCUCUCCCAGUUUUUUCAGGAGUCCAUGCUCAAACUUCUGGCUCAGCAGCAUGUGUGUCUGGUUCGGAUCUACACACGAACUUCGUUGGCACCCAAUCAUCUAUUCCACCCCUGCCAGUUGCUUCUGUCGCACCAGUUCCUGCUGCAUUCCGUGGCAUCCCUUCAGGAGGAUUUUCCACCACAAAUCUUCGUCAGGCAGGGAGGGUCAUGAACACAUUCAAUAUUCCUUCGCAUCGAUUAUCUGAAUACCAUCUCACUGCAACUGACACUCUGGAGCAUAUAUUUUAUGAGGUAGAAGGGUUCAAGGCAGUGAGUGCCUUUUCGAAGAAACAGGAUGGAAUUCAUGUGCUGCGACUUGCCCCAUAUCUCGACCAUCUUGGAGGACCUCUUCCAGAUGAGAUCCAGACUAUCUUGAAUGAUGGUUUAUCCACACCGAUCCAGAUUCAUUUUUGCAGUGGGGUUCGCCUCUACCGAGGGCUUGGAACCGAUCGGCCCAAUUUGUUACACAGGCUCGGAGGCAAUGAUACAGCCAUGUCUGAUGUGACACUCUGCAACAUAUGUCGUAUUCAGGCUGCUUCUCAGGCCCACCUUAUCCAUAUCCACACCAACGAGCAGAAUGACAAGGCAAGUUUGAUGCCAACAGCAGAUGAGACAAGUUCAGUCAGUACAGUGGAUAAUGAGAUCAAUGAGGGCCUUGAGAGUGAGGUUAUUGCUGUUGGGGAUGCUUCGGAGGUGCAAACACAUAGGGAUUUGUCUGAUCUUUCGGAUGGUAUGGCCUCUACUUUUAAUGGAUUAUUAAUUAAUCAUUCUUCGAAUCCAGAUUCUUCACUAUUCUACCCUAGUGUCUCAGCAAUAUCGGAAUUUGCUGACUGCAUUAGGGGACCUGCACCUGAUGACUCAUCAGACUCACACCCAUUCUUAAUCUCUGUUGCAACACAGGAAGAUCUUGUGGAAAAACUCAAGGCAGAGAUCAUCUCCUGCUACAAUGAUGAUACCUCUCGCAUUGCACUUGACAAAUUUGCCAGAGGAUUGUCAUUUUGGAUUCAAUUGCUCUUCUCACAAGCUCCUGAGGGCGAGCAACUUUGUAUCUCAUAUGAUGAUCGUCUGAUCUUCUUUCCUCGAGUCUACUUUGAUGGUAUUCCUUCCACUCAGCAACAUAAGGAACUUGCAUUUGUUCAGGGUGUCAUCAUAGCCCUGUCAAUUGUACACCUUUCUCGCCUUCCUCACCAACUCUGCUGUUUAUCUGUCCUAUAUCAUCUUGGUUAUGGGAAGUCUGGGCUCCUUACCGAGAGCAUUCUGGCCAAGCAUCACCCCAAACUUGCAGCUGCACUUAAUGAGUUCAAAGCCAGUGGCUCAUUCACUGCUAUUGAGCAAAUUGCAGUUCCCUAUUUGGAUAUUGAUGCAGCAGGAGCAGCACCUAUGAUUGCAAGUGAUGAGGCUCGGGCUGUCUUCUCACACAAAUUGCUCCUUGCCUGUGUUCGGGGUCCAAUUGCUAUGGAGGCUAAUGAUGAAGAGGUAGCUUUCAGUGCUGGGCUGAAUCUCCACUGUUCAAAUGGCUUUAGUUUUGGAAAACUUUGCAAGGCUUAUGCUGAUGGGUGGGAGGGCCUCCUUGAAAGCCUAGAUGCAUUGGGCAUUCAGUCAUUUGAUGAUCUGGCCCCCACCCUUAGUUUUGUGGAACCUCAAACAGCUGUCAGGCUUCUUCGCCAACAUUCUGAAUUCCAAAGCUUCAGCUCUUUGAUUGAAGGCUUUCUACGAAGAACUGGUUGGCCACUUGGUGAUUCUGGAAAUGACCCCCUUGGACUUGCCAAUCGUUUGUUCAGACUUGGCUAUGAUGAUCUACAAUCCCAUCUUAAUAGCCCUGGGUUCAGGUCACAGCUUCUCUAUCGCUGUGCUACUUCUUCUGAUUCCCUUCUUGGUGGCCAGCAAAUAAGAAGUCCUACCCUGUCUCUGUCUGCUCCGAUACCCACCUUUGGACGUGACUCCUCUCCUCCCACUCCUCGCUACACCUCCCAUUAUCCCUCUCCUACCCUACCUACGUCCGCUCCAAUACUCACCUUUGGACCUGACACCAUUCCUCCUCCACUCCACUCCCCACUCCUCUCAUCACUCUCCUCCCUCCUCCCCUCUUCUGCCAAACCUCCGCCAAUGUAUGACCUUCUGCUGCCAUCCUGUACCUUGUACUCGGACACUGCCUGUACCUUUGCUCCGAGAUCCCAUCUUAGUCCCGACCUCGGACUUUGA